AUGUCCCUGGCGGCCUCGGCGGGCCGGGGCCCGGGGACCUUGUGGUCCCCGACCCACGUGCAGGUGACGGUAUUGCAGGCACGGGGUCUGAGGUCCAAGGGCCCUGGGGGCACGAGCGACGCGUAUGCGGUGAUCCAGGUGGGCAAGGAGAAGUACGCCACCUCGGUAUCCGAACGCAGCCUGGGCGCGCCAGUGUGGCGAGAGGAAGCCACCUUCGAACUGCCACCGCUGCUGUCCGCCGGGGCCGCACCCGCGUCCGCCGCCACCCUGCAGCUCACCGUGCUGCAUCGCGCGCUGCUCGGCCUUGACAAGUUUCUGGGUCGCGCAGAGGUGGACCUGCGGGAGCUACACCGGGACCAGGGCCGCAGGAAGACCCAGUGGUACACCUUGAAAUCCAAACCAGGAAAGAAGGAUAAAGAGCGAGGAGAAAUUGAGGUUGACAUCCAGUUUAUGAGAAAUAACAUGACUGCUAGCAUGUUUGACCUUUCCAUGAAAGAUAAGUCUCGGAACCCAUUUGGAAAACUGAAGGACAAGAUCAAGGGGAAGAAUAAGGAUAGUGCGUCAGAUAGUGCUUCCGCCAUCGUCCCCAGCAGGACGCCCUCAGCCGACAGUGAUGAUGAAUCUCCUACAAAAGAUAAGAAAAAGAAGUCAAAGAUCAAGACUUUGUUCUCCAAGUCUAAUUUGCAGAAAACACCCCUCUCACAAUCCAUGUCUGUUCUGCCGACUUCCACGUCAGACAAAGUGUUGCUUCGUCCUGGAGACUUUCAGUCCCGGUGGGGAGAUGACGAGAAUGAGGACGAGUCCUCUUCUGCCUCUGACAUCAUGACUCACAAGAGAACAGCAAGUGCAGAUCCCAAGCAACUGAACCAGAUUAACUUCAGCCUACCCAAGAAAGAAGGACUCUCUUUUCUCGGUGGCCUUCGGUCUAAGAAUGACACCCUUUCCCGCUCUAAUGUCUGUAUCAAUGGGAACCAUGUGUACUUGGAGCAGCCAGAAUCUAAGAGCGAGACCAAGGACAGCAGCCCAUCCUCCUCCCCAUCACCCCAGGGCUUCAGGAGGAAGCAUUUGUUCUCAUCCACUGAAAACCUCGCUCCUCGGUCAUGGAAGGAACCUGGGGAAGUAGGUGGAAUGGGUUCUGACAGGCAGCUCACAGAGUCGUCCACAAAAGACUCUUUGAAAUCCAUGUCUCUGCCAUCCUAUCGACCACUGGCCAGCGGGGACACUAGGGGAAACACGGCCUCGGUGAGCUCUGAGGCUGCAAAAGAAACCAAAGAGAGCAAGAAGCCGGAGAAUAAGAAGUCCUCUUUGCUUUCUCUGGUAACUGGAAAGAAGGACGCGGCUAAGGGCAGUGACAGUGAAAGCCCUCCUACUGUCCCGGGGAAGGAGAAGGAAGGUGCGCUCCCAGAAAUUAAACCAAGGGUGGACAGGUCAGAGCCUGUUAAGGACCUUAUGAAAAAGUCUGAGAAAGAUACUCCAGCUUUUGUCUCCGGACGGGGUAAAUCUCUGAACCCUUUUGAAGAAAUGCAGAUCACAGAGUCAGAAGCUGAGCCAGAGUCCAAAUCUGAACCUAAGCCACCCAUCCCUUCACCGAGGGCUCCCCAGACCAAAGCCGUCAAACCCCGACUGGAAGAGUCUCCAGAGGCUCAACCCAAAGCCAGGCUACUAACUCCUUCCCCUGACCCACCUCUCCUUUUGUCUGCUCUCUCUUCCAGUUCUGGUCAGACCCUUCUCCCUUCUGAACUGGGACAUGAUUCAGAGGCACAGUCCUCUGAAAGUCCUUCUACUGCCUUCUCUUUCCCAUCUCCCAUAGUGGCUCCCAUUUCCACAUCUACUCCUAUUGAAAGCUGGCCUUACACAGACAAGAGCCAGGGCAGUUCUGAAGAACCAUCUUUGUAUCUUAAAGCAGAGUUGUUGCAAAAGGAGAGUAUAACACAAGCUCCAAAAACUAGUUCUUCUGCCUUGGGAUCACUUUCUGAACAGCUACCCAUUCCACUGUGUACAGGGACAGAAGUGUCUCUAAUGGAGAAAGCCAGUGAGCCAGACACAGAAAAGAAUGCCCACAAUGAGGAGCACCCUGAAGUGGGACAAGAAGAGGAGCUUUUGAGGUUCUUCCCCCAAAAGCAAGAUGACAUCCCUUCGUCUGAAGAGGCCCAGGAAAAAACAUCGGCCCUUUCAGUCAGAAAUGGCAGAACUGGAAGCUCAGCAGGGAAGCCUUGGAUGGGGGAAAACACAGACAGGGAGACUCAGUCUAGAUCUUUGGUGGAGAACAAAGUUAGAGAAAGUGAGGUAAAUUCUGCAAUUAAUGAAGUGGUACCUUCUCUUAAAAUAGAUGAAUCGGUUCCUCCGCUUGACUCGUUGACACAGAAAUAUGAAGAGGUAAAUCUGCCUGCCAGCAAAGGCCAAAAGAAAGCCAAGAAGUGUGUGUCGUUUUCUGAAGAGCUUGUCACAGAAGAGGAGGUGGAGAAGUCUACCGGAUGGGUAGAGGAGGACAGAAAUCCCCAGGAGCUGAACCAGGAAGGGACUGCUGCUGGAAGUGUGUGUGACAGGGAGUCUCCGGAGUUUCCCCACACAGAAGAUUCAGAGAAGAAAGCUGUGGCUGAACACAGGCUGAUGAACUGUGGAGUGUUGGCUCCCAUGGCAGGUGAUGAGGAACGUUUCUCAGAAGACCCCAUAAGUGAAGCAAGCUCAGAGAAAGACACUCCACUCAUUAGGACUGAGGGAGAUGAUGCUCUGAUGGAGCAGUAUCAGAGUAAAGCCAGUGACCAUGAAGGCCUAUUGUCUGAUCCCCUGAGUGAUCUUCAGUCUGCUGCAGAUGUUGAAUCUCCAGUCAUGGCAGAUCUGUACUUAACCCUCCCUUCCAUUCCUGAAGUUGCAUCAGAUGAUGAAAGAGUAGACCAGGUUGAAGAUGUCAGAGAGACAGCAAGGGUGGCAGCUCCAGAAGUAGGAGCUUCCUCCUCGAACACAUUACCUCCCUGUCCUGAGAAGAAAAAGGGACCAAGUGGUGAAGAUAGUCCCACAGUGACUGCAGAGAGCCCACAUGACCUCAGAUCGAAAGCGUUCAAGGCAUCUGUUACAGCUUCUUCAGAGCAAACUACAGUUUUAGGAAUUCAUAAACCACUUCUUGGCAAGAGCUCAAGCUUGGAUAAACAGCUGCCAGGCCCUUGUGGUGGUGGUGAGGAAGAAAAACUGGAGGGAAAUGGGAGGCCGAGCCAGCCUCCUGACACAUCCUUGGACUCUCCUGUUUCCAAUCCCUCCCUUUCUGAGCCCUUUUCUGCCACACACUCUUUACCUAGUUCUCCACAUUCUAACACUCACCACACUAGCACAGCAGAAUCUCAAAAAAAAGCAACAGCAGAGGGCUCCGCUGCUAAAGUUGAAAAUUCUGGCAAGAGGAAGCCGCUUCUUCAGGCCUGGGUCUCACCCUCAGAGACACAUCCAGUCUCAGCUCAGCCAGGCACUGGAACUGGGUCAGCCAAGCACAGGCUUCAUCCUGUGAAGCCAAUGAACACAACAGCCAUGAAGGUUGCUAACUCCAGUUUGGGAACCGCUACCAUCAUCAGUGAGAACUUGAUCAAUGAAGCCGUAAUGAAGAAAUACAAUCCCUCGGACCCUGCUUUUGCUUACGUGCAGCUGACCCAUGAUGAGCUGAUCCAGUUGGUCCUCAAACAGAAGGAAACAAUCAGCAAGAAGGAGUUUCAGGUUCGAGAGCUGGAAGACUAUAUAGAUAAUCUGCUAGUCAGAGUUAUGGAAGAAACCCCUAACAUCCUCCGUGUUCCAGCUCAGGUCGGCAAAAAGGCAGGAAAGAUGUGA